AUGGGUAUACGUUCUGAAUUAUGGCCAGAUAGCAACGAGAAGUAUCUUCCUGCAUCUUUCAAGCUAACAACUAGUGAGAAAGAUACAUUUCUUGGUAUCUUAAAAGGCGCAAGGCUCCCAGAUGGUUUUUCAUCUAAUAUCUCAAGGUGUAUUGAUCUAAGGCAGCGUAGAAUGCAGGGACUAAAAAGUCAUGAUUGUCACGUGAUUAUGGGUCACUUGUUACCCAUUGCUAUUCGUAAUGUGUCAUCACCAAAUGUGACUUCUGUCAUAACAGAAUUUUGUCAGUUUUUCCGAGAGAUAUGCUCCAAGGUGGUGGAUGUAAAUGAGCUAGUUAAUCUCCAAAAGCAAAUUGUGAUUAUAUUAUGUCACAUGGAGAUGCUGUUUCCUCCUUCUUUCUUCACGGUGAUGAUACAUCUGACCAUUCAUUUGACUGAAGAAAUAAAGCUUGGUGGUCCUGUCCAGUUUCGUUGGAUGUAUCCAGUGGAAAGGAUCCUAGGAAAAUUCAAAUCAUAUGUCAUAAAUCAUGCACAACCUGAAGGAUCAAUAUGUCAACAAUAUAUGGCUGAUGAGUGUCUGACAUUUUGCUCAAUGUAUCUUGAUGGGAUAGAGACACGCUUCAACCAAAUUGGAAGAGGAGAAUGUAAUGGUGCUAGUCAAUAUGCAACACUAAGUCUCAUGGAGAAACAACAAGCUCAUCGCUAUAUCUUGAUCAGCUGCCCAUUUCUUGAUGAAUUGCGACAGAAGUAUAAAGAUGAGUUAAGAAGAACUCAUACUCGUGGUAGGAGAAGACGCUAUACAUUAGAUGUAGAUAGAGAAGUUCAUCUUAGGUUUGACAAGUGGCUUAGAGAGAAAGUAGAAAAGGAUGAGACUGAUGGUAUUAGUGAGGAUAUCCGAUUACUUGCUAAAGGUCCAAGUGACAAAGUGUUGAAGUUUUCAUCAUAUUGCGUGAAUGGAUAUAAGUAUAGAACUCUAGAAAGGGAUUCUGAUUUGAAAACUCAGAAUUGUGGAGUUUAUGUUUCUGCCGAGACCAUGAGCUAUGCUUCUUCUCGUGAUAACAAUCCAAUGGCUGGUAAUGUUCCCUACUAUGAUACACGUGAUAGUCGUGGAUACAGAAGAGAUGGUCUUGGUAAUAAUUUGGUGAAUUUUUCACGUAUUAUACAUAGUGGUGAAAGUGAGGAAGAUGAACCAUUCAUAUUAGCCUCUCAAGCAAGAAUGGUAUACUAUGUUGAAGAUCCAAGUGAGUAUGGCUGGAAUAUGGAUGGCAUUGAUUCUCAUGUCGAGGAAACACAAGAUGUGAAUCAAAAUCAGAUAUAUACACAAGGACGAGAGCGUGGAAAGUGGGUGGUAAAUGUUAUAGAUUCAGAUUCAAAUGUAACAGAGGAACGUCUCACUGCAAAAGAUGUAUGGGGAAUGGAAAAACGAAGAAUCAUUCUAGAGUUUGGUCCACAUGAUCAACCUGAUGGAGGAAGUGGUGGUAUAUUUGCUACAUGGCUUGGCAUGUUGAGUACGGAUCUGACCAAGUUUCCCAUAAAUUAUGAUGAUUGGAGGAAUGUACAACAAUGGCGAAAGGAUGAUGCUUGGGACUACAUUCAGACUAAGUUUUGUUUUGAUAGUUCAAACAAAAACUAUAAAGACUUUGUGAUGAAGAGCUUGAGUAUGAAGUGCAAAAGUUUAAAAACUCGUCUAUGGGAACAUUUGGGAAGGAACAAUCCUGAAGAAACUUUACAGCUCCGCCCUGACUUUGUUCCAAAAGAACAGUGGCAAGACUUUGUUUAUAUGCAGUUUAGUGAGAGAACUAAGUUUCUUAAGACGGGGAAACGUCCAAGUCGUGCAGAAAUCUAUGUGAGCUCACGCCAAAAAGCUAAUGGAGGAUAUGUUAAUGAAGAAGCUCGUGAUUUAUCGGAAAAAUUAACAGAGAAGAUGGUUCACACUAUAGAAGAUGGUUCAAGUAAAGAUGAUGAAUUCUCUCAAGUUUUUGGCCCCGAACAUCCAGGUCGUGUUUGUUGUGUUGGGCUUGGUCCUACUCCUUCAUCUUUCUUCAAGAAUCGCAUCUCCUAUGAAACAGAAGUGGGCAUAGAACGUGAAGAUGACAGGAUUAUAAGGUAA